AUCCUCCAAUUCAACCUAUUCCUAUCCACUGUCUGUGUGACCCUACUUAUCGCGCACCUGCCCGCCGCAGGUCGUCCUGACGGACGCUGUCAGGUGUAUUUCACCAUCUAUCUCUAUCCUCGUCGACAACGGUUUCCGCGCACAUUGGUAUGGCAGAUCCUACUCAUCUAAACGUCAACCCCAAGUUCGUCCUUAAGGACAAGGACAACUACAUUCGCUGGCAUCGCAAGGUCGCUGUGCCCAUCGGCAUGCAGUACGGCAUAGCCACCAUCUGGGACGGGCGUACUUACAUUCCCAAUGAGCCCAAGCUUAACGACUACAUCCGUGAGGCCAUCUGGACGCCGCCCGAAGCCCCCGCAGCUCCUGUCGCCACCCAGAAUCCGACCCCGCCUCCUUCUACCGCAGGCAGUAAGCGUGCGGCCGAUGGUGAACCUAAGGAGGGACCUCCUGAUCCUUUGUCCAAACGUCUUGGAUGGGAUCUCUCUGUUCUCGACCGUUCAACCCGCAUGGAAAUCGCCAGGCAAACUUGGAAAGACUACAACGCUCGCUAUCAGCGCCUUUGCAAGCAGCAGGCCCUCGCCAUGGAUGUGCUACAACAAAUCGUGGACAACAACAUCUGGCGCACUCAAAUCUCUAAGCCCGAGAACGUCAACAAUCCUACUAAGAUGUGGACAUCUAUCCUGGCCUACUACAAGCCUAGCCCUGCCGAGACAGUCACUAAGUGCGAUCAGAUCCUGUCUACCCUCAACAGCUCUAAAUUCAAGAAUGUUGCAACUUAUCUGACGGCCAUGCGUGAGGCAUAUGGCGACGCCCGUGACGUCGCACCUUAUUAUUCAUGGGGUUUUCUUGCCGCUAAAAUCGUCAACGGUCUUGACAAUCGCUACAGUUUUGUCAAGGACAUCUACACUAUCAACAAGGUGGCCCACUAUGACCAGGAUGGAUUCGAAAACUUCGCUAAAGACCUGAUCGCCUACGAGAAGAAUUAUCAGCAUGAGUGGCCCACGGGCAAGUCCAACCCUACCUAG